ACAUGGACGUUGUACAGUGCCCGUUUGCGUUGUUAACAUAGCUGUGCACAGCACUCUUCGCCAUGGGUGGCUAUGGUGUAAUGGCCGACGAGGAAACUAUUGAUUAUUCUGUGCACGAAGCAUGGAACGAGGCAACGAACGUGUAUCUUCUCGUUAUCUUGGUCAGCUUCGGUUUGCUGAUGUAUGCUAGAAAAAAUAAGAGGAAGAUAAUGCGAAUUUUCGCGCUGCCUCCCACUGUGGGAUCCUCACCGGAGCCAAAUUUCUACGACAGUCUACAGAAGGUGCGAUUACGUCAACAACUGGAAAUGUACUCUAUCGCAAGGAAAUUCGACCAGCAGCAGAGUAAACCAGAGAGUGUGCAGGUUGCCAUGGAGUGAAGAGAAACUACUUUCUACAGGACACCCAUUCCUUUUUGAAUUAUUUGAUUUUGACUGGAAAAAUAACUGAUGUAUUGCAUGCAGAUAAUGCCCCUCUCCUGCAUCACAAAUGGCUACAUCCCUGCUGUUAGGUUGUGUAGCCUACCUCAUCAGUCCAGUUUAGCAACAUUUUGG